AUGAGUUACGGCGGUGACCAAUACGGCGAUAGCGGCCGCGGCGGCGGAUACAAUGACGACCGUCGAGGUGGAGGAGCAGGUGAUAGCUACUAUGAUUCAAACAAUCGGUACGAUGACGACUCUGGUCGUGGGGAGCGCCGUGAUGGUGGCAGAGACCGUUAUGAAGGGGGCAACACUGGUGGUGGCGACGGCUAUGGCGACUCACGACGCCGCAACGAUGAUGACGGCGGCUACGGCAACUCUGGCAACCAAGGAGGCUAUGGUGGGGGUGGCAAUUCGGACCGCUACGAAAAUGACCGUCCACGUCGCGACGAGGGCUAUGACCAGCGCUUUGGCAACCAGAGUGGAGGUGGCAGAGACGACGAUCGUUAUGGCGGCAACUCGUCCUCCCGCCCCUCAGAGGGCCGCUACGGUGAAAGUGCUCCGUACUCAGGCCCGCAGUCCGGUCAAGAAAGCAGUCCAUACGACGCUCCCUCCUCUGGCUAUGAUGGUCCUCACCGCCCACAGGGUGGCCAGCAUGGCGGUGGCGGUGGUAGUGGCCGCCCACCAUUGGCCGACGAAGUGACCUCCCACGCAUCCUCAGACGAAGAUAAAUCUUUCUUCUCAUCCGCACUAUCCUUCCUGAACAACAAGCCUGCCGCAGGUAACGAGGACGUCGACGAAGGACGCAUGCAGUCCCAUCAUGACGACGUGUACUCCGAUCGACCCCAGGGUGACCAGAGUGCGAACAGUCUUGGAGCUGCGGCCGCUAUGCACGCUUUUCAGAACUUUACUGGUGGUGGCGGUAGCGUAGGCAGUGGUGGCAGCAGUGGUGGUGGGCAAGGUCAGCUACUGGGAAUGGUCUUCAAAGAAGCGAGCAAGCUCUUUGAACAGCAGAACGGGCAGGGGAAUGUUGCGAGCGGGGUCGACAAGCAGAACGUGAUCAACCAGGCUGGUCAGAUGGCCGUCAAGCUCUACCUGAAGAACCAGAUGGGUGGUGGUGGUGGAGGUGGAGGAAUCAUGGGGUUGGCGUCGCAGUUUUUGAAGUGA